CCUCCUGCCGCUCCGCGAGGCCCGAUGGCGGCCGCCUCCGCCAGCCCCACCGUCUUCCUCCUCAUGGUCAGCGGGCAGAUCGAGAGCGCGCAGUUCCCAGAAUUUGACGACCUCUACUGCAAGUACUGCUUCGUGUACGGCCCCGACUGGGCUCCGACUUCGGGCCUGGAAGAAGGCAUCUCUCAGAUCACAUCCAAGAGCCGGAAUGUCCAUCAAAACCUGGUCUGGAAUUUCCCCAUUGAUGUCACCUUCAAAAGCACCAACCCCUUUGGCUGGCCACAGAUUGUCGUCAGUGUAUAUGGGCCAGAUCUUUUUGGGAAUGACGUGAUUCGGGGAUACGGAGCGGUUCAUGUCCCUUUUACACCAGGCAGGCACCAGAGGAUCCUCCCGAUGUUCGUUCCAGAAUCAACCUCCAGACUGCAAAAGUUAACAAGCUGGCUGACAGGCAGAUAUCCCGAAUUCACUGACCCCAAGGUGGUAGCCCAGGGCGAAGGCCGUGAAGUCACCAGAGUCCGCUCACAAGGCUUUGUCACCGUUUCCUUCAACGUGGUGACCAAGGACAUGAAGAAGCUGGGCUAUGACGUCAGCUCGCCAACCCUCGCCAGCUCCUCACUAACCUCGGUGACAGAUGCCAUGCAUAAAUUCUAAACUUGCAAUUUGGGAUUGAUGCUGUCCUACAAGACGCAAUUCGGAGCUGACCACGGUUAUCAGAUAAAAUUGUUUGUGUGCCAACCAAGGAGAAUCCAGAUCAGACCAAACCAGUGCAGAUGUGCAGAAAUCAGUGCCUGAGGGAUUUGCGAAGAGGGUGUGCCGGGUGGCCAGCUGUGGCUACGAUAAGCCAUCUGCAGACAAGCAGCGUGCUAUUGCUCUGCUUUUAGGGGUAUUUCCUGUCUGGGCCAGAAGCAUCCCUGACUUUUGAUUUUUGUCACAAGUUAAAUAGAAACUGUUUCCGCUUGUGAGCACACACACUUUCAAAACAGCACAUCCAGGCACAAUUAGUGUUAUCUGGAGAGGUUGGGUGGAAAAUUAGACCUUUCAAUGACAUUGUCCCAUUUUAGCACACUGUCAUAGUUUGCAUUGAUAGCACGUGUGUCUGUAGGCGUAUAAGAAGGAAGGGGGAAGAAGAAAUGAGUUUAAAAGUAUGCAAAUUAUUUCUAAUUUCAGUAUGGCAAGUAAGGUUUAAAACAAAAACACUGGUUUCAUUUUUUUUCAAGUUACAGAUUUUAUAAGAAUCUCUUAUCCCCAUAAAGGUCUUCACCAUGGACUUGAUGUUCAGUUUAAAAUACAACUCUGUUUAGGAAUUUGUACUGUUUUCCAAAUAAAUUACUUCCUUUACUGACAAAA